AUGUUGACAACUGUAUUUAAAUAUUUAUGGCCAAAGGAUAAUAAAGAUUCAAAGAUUAGAAUUAUAACAUCCGUAGUAUUAUUGUUUGGUGCUAAAAUUCUUUCAGUACAAGUACCAUUUUUAUUUAAGGAUAUUGUAGAUAAACUAACUUUAACACAACCAGAAAUUAUAACAUUGCCAUUGGGUCUUCUCAUGGUAUAUGGAGCCGUUAGAAUUGUUUCUGCAGGUUUUCAAGAACUUAGACAAACUGUUUUCGCCAAGGUUGCACAUGACGCAAUUAGAGAUGUAUCAACUACAACUUUCAAAAGACUGCAUGACUUGGACUUAACUUUUCAUUUAUCAAAUCAAACUGGUUCACUCAGUCGUAUUAUAGAUCGUGGUUCAAGAGGUAUCAAUUUCUUAUUAAAUUCAUUGUUAUUCCACGUCGUACCAACUGCUUUUGAAAUUGGUUUAGUAAGCUACGUAAUGUACCAUUCAUUAGGUUGGGAAUUCUCUGCGCUUAGUAUUGCAACCAUCAUUGCAUACACAAUUUUCACUGUCCGUGUCACUCAAUGGAGAACCAAAUUCAGAGUCAAAAUGAAUUCAAUGGAUAAUGAAGCAAACAACAAAAUGAUGGAUUCAUUGGUAAAUUUUGAAACUGUUAAAUAUUUCAAUAAUGAAGCUUUGGAAGUAGAACGUUAUCACAAAUAUUUAAAAGAAUACGACAAAGCCUCUUUACAAACCACAAGCAGUUUAUCAUUCUUGAAUUUUGGUCAAUCCUUCAUCUUUUCUCUUUCAAUGGCCGCAAUUAUGAUCAUGGCAAGUCAAGGUGUAGUUGAUGGUAAAUUAACCGUCGGUGAUUUAGUUUUAGUAAAUGGUUUAUUAUUCCAAAUUUCCUUACCAUUAAACUUUUUAGGUACAGUUUAUAGAGAAAUUAAACAAUCUUUAAUUGACAUGGAUCAUUUAUUUUCAUUAUUAAAUUUAAAACCAACCAUUAAGGAUAAAGAAGAUGCUAAACCAUUACAAUUUAAUAAUGGUACAAUUGUAUUUAAAAAUAUUUCAUUCCAAUAUGGUGAAGGUCAAAACAUGGUAUUAAAUAAUGUUUCAUUUGAAGUUGAGGGUGGCAAAAGAGUAGCACUUGUAGGUAGCAGCGGUAGUGGUAAGAGUACCAUUUUAAAACUUUUAUACAGAUUUUAUGAUGUAUCUACAGGUUCAAUCGAAAUUGAUGGUCAAGAUGUAAGAAAUGUUCAAUUAGAAAGUUUAAGAAAAAAUAUUAGUGUUGUUCCACAAGAAUCAGUAUUAUUCAACGAAGAUAUUUACUACAAUAUUGCCUAUGGUAGACCAGAAGCCACCAGAGAGGAGGUUAUCGAAGCUGCCAAAGCCGCUCAUAUUCAUGAAGUAAUCAUGAAAAUGGAAAAAGGAUACGAUACAAUUACUGGCGCUAGAGGAUUAAAAUUAAGUGGUGGUGAACGUCAAAGAGUUUCAAUUGCUCGUGCAAUCUUAAAAAAUUCACCAAUUGUUUUCUAUGAUGAAGCUACCUCUGCUUUAGAUACCGAAAAAGAAAAGUUAAUUAUGGAAUCAUUAAAAGAAUUAUUCAAAAAUAGAACUACUUUGAUGAUUGCUCAUAGAUUAUCAACAAUUGUCGAUGCCGAUGAAAUUAUUGUUUUAGGUCCAGGCGGUAAAAUUUUAGAACGUGGUAAUCAUCAACAAUUAUUAGAACUCGACGGAAGAUAUAGAUCAAUGUGGUUAGCUCAACAACAUGGUCAAUCUGAUUAA